AUGGUAUUGCUUGAUCCGUGGCCAAUGGUGGACAAAACUGGUGUGCUGGACUUGGGCCAAUGGAGUGCUACACGAUCAGACCUGUUUCCCAACGACGUGAGGGAAGUCUUUUCACGUCUACAGAAUCACGUAAGACCACACUCCUACCACGCUACUCGAGCAACCAUUAAAGCGGAACUCGGAGCCGAAAUCGAAGAAAUCUUUGAAGAAUUCGACGGUGUCCCCAUUGGCGUCGGUGCUAUAGCUCAAGUUUAUCGAGCAAAGCUACGAGGACAACCCAACAACCACAAUCCAGCUGCAAAAAUCAUGUAUCCAACCCCUGGGGUAGAGUUGAAAGAGCAGUCGUCAAAUUAUGUUGCAGUCAAGGUCUUGCAUCCAAACGUCGAAACGGAAGUGUACAUUGAUCUACUGUUGUUGAAAUGGGCUAGUCAGACAAUAUCACGUAUCUCAGCCCUUCGAUGGGUCAGCCUAUCGGAUGAGGCUCAAACAUUCUCCAAGAUGAUGAUUGACCAAUUGGAUUUGGCUAGAGAAGCAAGACAUCUAGCUCAGUUUCGGCGUGAAUUCAAGAAAUGGAGAUACAUCACGUUUCCAACACCAUACAGAGUGAGAUUGUCUCAGGAUGGACACGUCGAGUGCUCAGUACUUGAGGAGGACGGGGUGAUAGAGACGCAUAGAGUUCUUGUGGAGGAACAUAUAGAUGGGUCGCCUCUCAGCAAGUUCUUGAAAUGUGCUCCAUCCACUUAUGAUGAAGAAUUGGCUCGUCUUGGACUAGAAUCGUUUCUUGAAAUGCUUUUAAUCAAUAAUCACAUCCACUCUGACAUGCACCCAGGUAAUAUAUUGGUGACGUUUGUGCCUACAAAUGUCGUGGAGAAUACGAUAGACAAGAUACAAUCGGCAGCGAUACAACUGCCAAGGAGUCACUCUCGGCAAACGGAUGAUCAAACGGAUGACAUUCAAUGUACAGAGUUCCGUGCUGCAUUGGCGGCAAUGGAAGGACAUUACAGACCUAGAUUGGUAUUGUUGGAUGUGGGACUGUCUACGACAUUGUCACCAGUAAGAAGACGUGAUUUGAUAGACCUGCUGAGAGCUAUAGCGGAGUUUCGAGGAAGGGAUGCCGGCCACUUGAUGGUUGAGAGAUCUCGAGAUCCUACGACUGUUAUAGAUCAGGAAGGGUUUGCUGCUAAAAUCGACAAGAUCGUGUUGAGUGUCAAGAAGGACACGUUGGCUCUUGGCCGUGUUGGGUUCGGACAAAUCUUGAGCGAUGUACUUUCUUCAGUGCGCCAACACCGUGUAAGAUUAGAAGGUGAUUUUGCCAAUAUAGUCGUGGCAAUCAUAGUGGUAGAAGGGAUUGGUAGACAAUUAGAUGACGAGCUGGACUUGCUCGCCGCAACGGUCCCGGUAUUGUCGAGACUUGACUCGCAAACCAAGGGUGAAUUUAGACACAUCGUCGGUCAAGGAAUGCUUCUCCACGUGGCCAGGUUCCUCUGGGGCUGGACUUCAGGUGUCGAUGUGACCGAAUACGAAAGCUACCGCAUCUUGUUCCCAUACCCGGAUCCAUAA